UUACCAUCAUAAUGAAUUAUUUAACCGAAUCUGGGAGAAUCUCAAACCGACUCCUAAAUCCUGCUUUUUCAAAUUUUAAGCGUAAUAUACAAUGGACUGCCUUUCCUUUUAUCUUCUUAAUAAUAAUUAACAGGCCUUCACAAAAGAGGAAGAAACGAAACACAUUAAAUUCCUUCGCCAGGACUCCCUGGCUUUCAAUAGUCCCGCCGUAAGCAGGAAAAUCCCAGUCGUCGUUAUAAACUAAACGACAGAGAACGAAGAAGAAGAAGAAGACAAGAAGCAAAGAAAAUAGCGCUAGCAAUGGCGGCGGAAGAUCUUCAUCGUAAUCCCGGCUGGCCACUAAUAUUUGAACUGGUGAGGACGGUGGAUUACCGCUUCUUUCAUUGCCGCCGGUGCUCCUGCUGCGUCGCCUUCCCCGAUACUUUCUUCGAAAAGGCCGAGAACUACGGUUUAUUUGUUGCUGUUAUCAAUUUCAGACUGGAUAAGCAGAAGGAGGAGAACAGAGGGAAUGUGUGCAUCACAACAGCGGACGUGCAUUGUCUUCAAUGCAAUAAUCUCUUCGGCGUCAAAGUGAUCAAUGUGACGGUAUCAGACAAAACCAAAGAUUCACGAGAAUUCUUUUGGCUCACCAUGACUGAGUUGGUGUAUUGGAAUGGGCAUGAAGAAGUGAAGGCAAGCUCGGUAGAACCACCCAAUCGAUCAAGACGAGAGAUUGAAGAACAGAUCGAGCGCAUUUAUUGACAUAAAAAUUUGCCCAUUUGAUAAACAAACAUUGUUACACAAUUACAAGAACACUAGCUACUCUCCUCCAUACGAUUUACAAUUUUUUUUUUUUACUUCCCAUGAUGCCACGGCUUUUCGAAUGGCGAGCGACGAAGCAUAGAUGAAUGUUAGAAUUAACAACAUUUUAGAUAGGUGAUUAACUUUUUCACAUAGUUGCUCUCUAAUGUAGACAUGAAUAAUAGAGUGGCACAUUGUUA